AUGGCUAUUGCUUUCACAAAAGAAUUAAUAAGAAAGGAACUUGAAAAACUGAAGAACGAUUUGGAAAACAGAAAUCUCCCUGAUGUGAUAGAACAAAAUGAUAAAUACUUGAACUUAUUAAAAAACUCAACUCUUGACAUUGCCAUCACAGGGGUGUCAGGUGCUGGCAAAUCAUCCCUCGUGAACGCCCUGCGAGGUAUGACAGAUUCUGAAGAAGGUGCAGCUGAGACCGGGGAGACACAAAUAACGAUGGAGCGAAUGAAAUAUUCACAUCCUACAUUCCCAAAUGUAUCAAUAUGGGAUCUUCCCGGAAUUGGGACACCUGAUUUUAAAGCAAAGAACUACCUCAAGAAAGUACAUUUUAAGGAGUACGAUUUCUUCGUCAUCGUUGCCUCCAAUCGCUUCACAACAAAUGAUGUUCUCCUGGCUCGUGAAAUUCUAAAGAUGAAGAAAAAGUUCUACUAUGUGCGCACCAAAGUGGAUGUCAGCGUCGAUUCUGAAAGAAGGAAACCAAACUUCUGUGAGGAGAAGUGCCUGGACAAGAUAAGGGAAUACUGCUGUGACAAUCUGGCAAAAGCAGGAGAAUCUAAUCCACUGGUUUUUCUUAUCUCCAGGUGGGAUUUGAAUAUGUUUGAUUUUCCCCACCUGCAAGUGACCUUGGAGAAUGACUUGGAUGACCUCAAGAAGUAUGCCUUAAUUGCAUCAAUGCCAGCUUUCUCAAGAGACGUCCUGAAGAAGAAAAAGGCUGCUAUGGAGUCCCUUAUAUGGAAAGUAUCCCUUGUGUCUUGUGGUAUUGGGGCAAUUCCUGUCCCAGGACUCUCUCUUGUUUGUGAUAUUGGCAUCUUGGUGGCAACAAUGAGAUAUUUCUGCAAGGUCUUUGGCUUGGAUGAAGAUUCCCUCCGUAGACUUGCAAGCCGGGUUCGUAAACCUCUGAGCAUGUUGAGAUCUGCUAUCAAAAAGUCCCCGAUGGCCAGCCAAGUCACUACUGAAUUUGUAACUGAUCUUUUGACCAAGUCAUUAGUGUGCGGAGCGGUGAUGGCGGCCGAAUUUGCUCUUGAUUUUGUGCCUGUGUUGGGCUCUCUCACUGGUGGAGCGCUUUCUUUUGUAACCACCUUCUACAUCCUGAAGAGCUUUCUGCAUGAUGUUGAGGAAGAUGCAGAGAACGUCCGAGCAAAAGCUGUGGAGUCCUAA